UAUAAAACCAUCUUAGAGCAGUUCCACCGGGGAACUGAUAGGCCAGCACCCAGGCUAUCUACUCCAGCCCAGCAUUUUGACCGACAUCCAGCCCAAGCCAAGCAAGAGAUCGGCCUAAAAUAGACAGACCCACAUGUCGGGCCAUCUGACGGUGGCCGGACCAUCAACCUCCCUCACGAUCAACGCGUCACAGAGAGAUCUUGGUGCAGAGCUCCUCGAGGCUGAGGUUGAUUCCGGGUUCUUGGUGCAGAGCACCUCGGGGCUGAGGUUGAUUCCGGCCGUGCACGUUAGCUUCUCAUACCCUUUUCCCUUCUCGCCUAGCUAACGAACGCCUCGCAUCCCAUUCUCACCGCCCCUUCGCCACCAUGAACCAAGACAUCGACGACCCAAUCGAAGCUAUAUUCCGGAAAAAGCGGUUGCUCCGAUCCAGAAUCCGCAAAGAACUCAAGAACAUGGACCCGGUUCGGAGGUCCGAAGAAGGAGUACUAAAAAAUGAGCAGAGAAAACAUAGAAGAAGGAGAACUCUCAAAUCCUUUGCUCGUCAAAAAUACUACAUCUAAGCUCCAUAGUGGCGGCGGCGGCAGCGGUGGCUGCAGUGGCAACGGUGGUGCUAGUUAUGAAGAAGGAGGUGAAAGUAGCUCAUCAGCCACGAUUAUGGUUGUGGUCAGCACUCUGGUUGCUGUCUCUGGCUCCUAUGUUUUUGGUCUGCGGUGGGAUAUUCCUCACCGGCUCGGUCUGGGGUCAUGAAUGAUCUGGGCCUCACUGUAGCUCAGUACUCGGUUUUUGGUUCAAUAUUGACAAUCGGAGCAAUGAUAGGAGCAGUAGUGAGUGGAAGAAUAGCAGAUUAUAUAGGCCGAAGAGGUGCAAUGGCAUUUUCCGAGAUAUUCUGCAUUUUGGGAUGGCUAGCAAUAGCUUUCUCUAAGGUUGCUUGGUGGGCGGAACUUGGAAGACUGUUGGUUGGAUGUGGAAUGGGGCUUCUUUCUUAUGUGGUGCCUAUAUACAUAGCAGAAAUAACGCCGAAGGAUCUGCGGGGAGGAUUUACAACUGUUCAUCAGUUGAUGAUAUGCUGUGGUGUGUCGCUGACAUAUCUUAUCGGGGCUUUUUUGAACUGGCGAGCUUUGGCUCUCCUCGGGACUAUUCCGUGUGUUAUACAGAUUUUAGGUCUCUUCUUCAUUCCAGAGUCUCCUAGAUGGCUGGCAAAGAUCGGUAAAUGGAAAGAGUGUGAAGCCGCUCUUCAGCGCCUUAGGGGGGAGAAUUCCAAUACUUCUCAAGAAGUAGCUGAGAUUAGAGAUUAUACAGAAACUCUGAAACGGCUUUCAGAAGCGAGAAUUCUUGACUUAUUUCAAAGGAGAUACGCUUAUUCCCUCAUUGUAGGAGUUGGGCUUAUGGUACUACAACAAUUCGGAGGGGUCAAUGGCAUUGCCUUCUAUGCAAGUACUAUAUUCAUUUCAGCUGGAUUUUCCGAUAGUGUUGGGACUAUAGCUAUGGUUGCAGUUCAGGUUCCAAUGACAGCAUUGGGUGUAAUUUUGAUGGACAAAGCUGGACGGCGUCCUCUUCUUCUGGUAUCUUCAGCAGGAACAUGCUUAGGUUGCCUCCUUGUCGGGUUGUCAUUCUCGUUGCAGAACCUUCAACAGUGGAAGCAGAUUACUCCCAUUUUGGCACUUGUUGGCGUUUUGGUAUUUACUGGAUCGUUCUCGUUGGGCAUGGGAGGCAUUCCUUGGGUUAUAAUGUCAGAGAUAUUUCCCAUAAACAUGAAGGGGUCAGCCGGUAGCCUAAUAACAUUGGUUAGCUGGUUAGGUUCUUGGAUAGUCUCAUACACUUUUAAUUUCCUAAUGGAUUGGAGCUCCGCAGGAACUUUUUUCUUGUUUUCUAGCGUAUCUGCUGUAACCGUUCUGUUUGUUGCAAAGCUGGUACCGGAGACAAAGGGGCGAACGCUGGAAGAAAUUCAAACAUCAUUGAACCGAUUUUCAGAAAAUUAGAUAAACGGUGCGCCUGCAUUGUGACAUUGUCAAUCCAUUUCCAGAUGUGGUUUUAUCCAUGAUUGAUUGCGCAUUGCAGCAUUGCAGAAGGCAGCAUGUUCUGAAUGUCAGCAGAGCUUUGCAAUUCAAGGUUCUACAGUAGCUCCGAUCCAUGAGACUAAUUUCAUUUUCUUUGUAUUAAACCAGUUGUUGAUUAGCACCUUCGAAAAAUAGUGUAUUUUUUCAUUGGUCCACGGUUAUAGACUAAAUGCUGCCUGUAACACACGAAGGAGUAGCAUCUCCCAAUGUUCAAUGUUGUAUGUAGUUCUAAUUCCUAAAGAUUAGCAAUAUAUAAUACAUUAAUAGCAUGUUUACUAAUCCGUAA